AGUGAAUAAAAAAUGCGUAUAUGAAUAUAAAAUACGUAUAUUCAACGAAUAUAAUGUUGCUCCCAACUCUUCUGAUGCACAGUCCACUGCUAUAGUGAAUAUGAUCUGAAACCGUCAAAAUCUACAAAGAAAUGGUGGCUCAAAGAGAGAGCUUCACCUAAUUACCUCACUUGAAAUCAGAAAUAUGGCAACUCCAGUUGAGCCUCCAAAUGGGGUUAGAUCCCUGGGGAAGCAUUACUUUUCCAUGUGGCAAUCUCUGUUUGAGAUUGAUAUGAAAUAUGUACCUAUAAAGCCUAUUGGUCGAGGUGCGUAUGGCAUUGUAUGUUCUUCUAUUAAUAAGGAAACUAGUGAGAAGGUUGCAAUCAAGAAAAUUCACAAUGUCUUUGAAAAUCGUAUUGAUGCACUGAGAACCUUGCGUGAACUGAAGCUUCUACGCCAUCUUAGACAUGAAAAUGUGAUUGUCUUGAAAGAUGUGAUGAUGCCUAUCCAUAGAAGAAGUUUUAAGGAUGUCUACUUGGUAUAUGAACUCAUGGAUACUGAUUUGCAUCAGAUUAUCAAGUCCUCUCAAACUCUUACAAAUGACCAUUGCCAAUAUUUCCUCUUCCAGUUGCUGCGAGGCCUGAAGUAUCUCCACUCUGCGAACAUUCUUCAUCGUGACCUGAAGCCUGGAAACUUACUUGUGAAUGCAAACUGUGAUCUCAAAAUUUGUGAUUUUGGUCUUGCACGUACAAACAAUGAUAAGGGCCAGUUCAUGACAGAGUAUGUGGUUACUCGGUGGUACCGAGCGCCAGAGCUCCUUCUCUGCUGUGACAACUAUGGGACCUCAAUUGAUGUCUGGUCUGUUGGUUGCAUCUUUGCUGAGCUUCUUGGGAGGAAACCUAUUUUUCCGGGCACAGAGUGCCUCGAUCAACUUAGGUUGAUCAUUAACAUCCUUGGGAGCCAGAAGGAAGAUGACAUUGAGUUUAUUGAUAACCCAAAGGCUAGGAAAUACAUCCGUACACUUCCAUAUUCUCCAGGGACACCUUUUUCUCGCCUUUAUCCUCAUGCUAAUCCUUUGGCCAUCGAUCUGCUGCAGAAGAUGCUUGUAUUUGAUCCAACAAAAAGGAUUAGUGUAACAGAAGCUCUUCAACACCCCUACAUGGCUCCCCUGUACGACCCAAGUUGUGAUCCUCCAGCUCAGGUCCCAAUCAAUCUCGACAUAGAUGAAGAUUUAGGGGAGGAGAUGAUAAGGGAAAUGAUGUGGACAGAAAUACUUCAUUACCACCCUGAAGCCGCUUUAGCUGAUCUGGAGUUUGAGCUGUGAUGCUUGGUGUGCUUAAACAGAUCUGAUGAGGUGAUUUUUGACCUUGGACUUCUGAAAAAGCGCAUCAAUGUUGUAUAUAGAUGUUUGUUGUGAUAGGCCUUGGUGCUAUGCCAUUAAAUGUUCUGGCUGUAAACUUAUUAUGGAUAAAAGUUAAUCCAACUGCUACAAGUUGGUUUGUAAUGUAUUUUGAAAUGAAAUUAACUUCCUUGAGAAGCAUGUGGCUUUGCUUA